GGUGGAUCCACCAAGAUUCUGGAGGAAAAAAAUAGCUAGUUGGCUAGCAGUCGCCUCUCGGAUCAAUCCAUUACCAGUACUGGUCCCAUUUGAAGACCCCGGGAAAAAGUCGAUAGGUUUCCGAAACUGUGGUGUUGAGAGGUGAUGCUGGGAGUCGUAGAAAUGACGGGCAGGUAAGAUUUUGGACCCAAGUAAGAUCACUCGAAUUCACAGCAGGCUACCAUGCUAAUAGCUAGCCUGGCAGCUAACGUUAGCUAAUUUGUUUGGUGCACUGUAUGUGGCAAAGUGUAACACCUCUAGCAACUUUUUAUGAUGGCCUUGAAACGGUAUAUUGGUUUUAAAUAAAGUGAACUAACUAGUUAGCUUGCUAACCUGACUGCUACAGUAGCCUAGUAACGUUAAUCAGUGGACGUGUGUGUUGGGAACUAGCUAGCUAACUAGCUACUUCAAACUCCGUUUUUCUCUCUAACUAGGGAACGUUAGCCUCUUAGUUGGUUAGUUUCUCUUCAACUUUUAGGUCUAAAUAUUCCAUCUGUUUUCAGAUUUCAACAAGUGUGAUUAGACUAGUGAUUAUUUUGAUAAUUACACACGAUCUAUUUGUAGGCCAUGUUGUAAUUUAUUGGCACUUGAUUUGGGGUAUAGGAAUAAGCCAAAUGAGUGUUGAGGCGACACAGACACAAUACGUGUCUCUGAUCUGUUAAAUGAUAAACCAACACUGAAUACCUUCAGACAGCUAUGCUCUAUGUUGUCUGACUGCUCUCAGAUGACCAAAUUAGGAGACAGACCCUGAGCAACCGCAGAGAGUCUGUGUGUCUCAUCACAGUGUCUCCAUGGUGACAGCAGUGGUGUGUGAGUAAGGACCAGUUUAUGUCCCAAAUGGCACCCUAUUCCCAUAUGUAGGGUACUAGUUUUGACCAGGACCCAUUGGGCUGUGUUUAAAAGUACUGCACUAUAUAGGGAAUAGAGUGCAAUUUGGGACGUACCCCCACUCUGUAAAACACUGACCUGUAGUAAAGAGGAACAUAUAGUGACCUUUGCCAGUAUUGUUACUGGAAAAACACACAAGGUGGAUUUACAACAGCCCAGCAGUUCUGCAUUGGAAUAACUUAAACUUUGGAUUUCGUUCACAUUGCAUUAGCCUUUUCAAGCCGCCUCCAGGAGAAUAUGUGGCUGUGUGAUAGCCAGAGUGCCAGUCUCUUGGUGCUAUCAUGCCAAUGACUGCAAUCAAUUGAGUUGGCAAGAACACAAACAGAUCUGGGUUAACUUCAUGGGGAUUGGGGUGUCAAAAAGUGAUCAACAGAACAACUGCAAAUAAUUGUGGAGUUUGUCGUCUGUUCUGAUCGUCAUACUUUCUUUUUUGUCACCAUAGCAACAUGGCGAACGCCCUGGCAAACGCGUCCUGCGAGCGCUGUAAGAGCGGCUUCGCCCCGGCAGAGAAGAUCGUCAACAGCAACGGGGAGCUGUACCACGAGGGCUGCUUCGUCUGCGCACAGUGCUUCCAGCAGUUCCCUGAGGGGCUCUUCUAUGAGGUAGACUAACACAGGGCAUAAAAUGUAGGGUUGCAAAAUAUCCUGUAAUUUCCCCCCAAAUUCCCAGGUUUUUCCAAAAAUCCUGGUUGGAGGAUUCUGGAUUUCCGGCUUAUUCCCUCCAGGAUUUCGGGAAAACUGGGACAUUUUUUGGAAAGUUGCCGCUAAUCAAAUGUCAAACUGAUCAAUGUUUGGGUUUACUGUGUGAGUAUCCUGGUAAAAAUGUCCUCAUUUUCUCCCUGACAGUUUGAAGGCAGGAAAUACUGUGAACAUGACUUCCAGAUGCUCUUCGCUCCCUGCUGCCACCAGUGUGGUGAGUACGUACACACACUCACAGAAUCUCCAUGUAAAUCCCCUGUGUGAAUGUGUGUGUUCUCAUGUUGUAUUGGUGUGGGUGUGUUUUCAUGUUGUAUUGGUGUGGGUGUGUUUUCAUGUUGUAUUGGUGUGGGUGUGUUUUCAUGUUGUAUUGAUGUGGGUGUGUUUUCAUGUUGUAUUGGUGUGGGUGUGUGUUCUCAGGGGAGUUCAUCAUUGGCCGUGUGAUCAAGGCCAUGAACAACAGCUGGCAUCCUGAGUGUUUCUGCUGUGAUAUCUGCCAGGCUGUGCUCGCUGACGUCGGCUUCGUCAAGAACGCUGGCAGGUGAGUCCCCAGCCAAUCACACUGCACAUUAUACAGGAGCAGAUGAGUAGUCAACCAAUCACACUGCACAUUAUACCAUGGUAGGUGAAUAUUUAACCAAUCACAAGAAAUACAAAUAAAUACUCACAUAAGUAUGUUUGUACAUACAGUGCUGUGAAAAAGUAUUUGCCCCCUUUCUGAUUUUUCUAUAUUUUUGUUAUUUGUAAACUCAGGUUCCCUUUAUCUAAUAUUAGGUUUUGGUUGAAGAUCUGAUAACAUUCAGAAUCUAAAAUAUGCAAAAGCAGAGAAUCAGAAAUGGGGCAUAGUUUCCCCCAGGCCUGUAAAUAAAGCAUAGGAGCGACUUCUACUGUUCACACCCUUUCCCCUUCUUAUUACACCCCUGGACUUUUUCCACAUGUUGUUACGUUACAGCCUUAUUCUAAAAUGGAUGUCCUCAUCAAUCUACACACAAUACCUCAUAAUGACAAAGCCAAAACAGGUUUUUAUACAUUUUUACAAGUUUAUUACAAAUAAAAAAACAGAUACCUUAUUUACAUAAGUAUUCAGACCCUUUGCUAUGAGACUCGAAAUUGAGCUCAUGUGCCUCCUGUUUCCAUUGAUCAUCCUUUAGAUGUUUCUACAACUUGAUUGGAGUCCACCUGUGGUAAAUUAUAUUGAUUGGACAUGAUUUGGAAAGGCACACACCUGUCUAUAUAAGGUCCCACUCACGGCUGUAAUCGCUGCCAAAGGUGCUUCAUCAAAGUACUGAGUAAAGGGUCUGAAUAUUUCAGUUUUUAUUUUAUAAAUUAGCAAACAUUUCUACAAACCUGUUUUUGCUUUGUCAUUAUGGGGUAUUGUGUGUAGAUUGAUGAGGGGGAAAAAACAAGGCUGUAACGUAACAAAUGUGGAAAAAGUAAAGGGGUGUGAAUACUUUCCGAAGGCACUGUACAUACAUAGGAUGACACCAUUCUGCUUUGUCCCUACCCAGGCACCUGUGUCGGCCCUGCCAUAACCGUGAGAAGGCUAGAGGUCUGGGGAAGUACAUCUGUCAGAAAUGCCAUGCCAUCAUCGAGGAUAGCCCCCUCAUCUUUAAGAACGACCCCUACCACCCCGACCACUUCAACUGCAACAACUGUGGGUCAGUACGCUUCACAGCUCCCUCCUGAUAUUUAACAUAAUAUGUUCCUGAUCCAAUUAUGUGGUUCAGUCAGUAUUUGGAAUAAUAAAAAGCAAGAGUCUAUAAUAUGUUACCAUUUACCGUGCUUGAAAAGCACUCAGAAUUGCUGGAGUUUGUGUGUGUGUGUGUUGGUUCCUCUGUAAUGUAAUGGUGUAUAAUGUUUGUCCCUCCUCUCUCCCUGUAGUAAGUAGCUGUAGUAAUGUUUGUCCCUCCUCUCUCCCUGUAGUAAGGAGCUGUAGUAAUGUUUGUCCCUCCUCUCUCCCUGUAGUAAGUAGCUGUAGUAAUGUUUGUCCCUCCUCUCUCCCCGUAGUAAGGAGCUGUAGUAAUGUUUGUCCCUUCUCUCUCCCUGUAGUAAGGAGCUGUAGUAAUGUUUGUCCCUCCUCUCUCCCUGUAGUAAGUAGCUGUAGUAAUGUUUGUCCCUCCUCUCUCCCUGUAGUAAGGAGCUGUAGUAAUGUUUGUCCCUCCUCUCUCCCUGUAGUAAGGAGCUGUAGUAAUGUUUGUCCCUCCUCUCUCCCUGUAGUAAGGAGCUGACAGCAGAUGCCAGGGAGUUGAAGGGAGAGCUGUACUGUCUGCCCUGCCAUGAUAAGAUGGGGGUGCCGAUCUGUGGCGCCUGCAGGAGGCCCAUUGAGGGACGCGUGGUCAACGCCAUGGGAAAGCAGUGGCACGUCGAGGUGUGUGUUUGUAAAUUACAUGAUGGGCUCUAGUGGGAUUUUAUACAUAUUUGGACUCCAAUGGAAUGGUUUAGUCAGACGUUUGUUGAGUAGGCUUUUACAAAGAAAUGAUAUGUUACAUGUUCAGAUAGUGUGUGUUUGAUUGGACUGUGAGUAACUCUCUCUCCUCUCCAUCCUGUGACAUGUUUCUUUUCCUUCCAACACAUUCCUUCAUACUUUAUUUUUCUCUACUUCCUCAUCUUUGUGGCUUCUUUUACCCCUCUUCCUCCUCCUCAUCUUCUUCCUCUUCCUCUUUCCGCCUCUUCCUCCUCCCCCUCUUCCUCUUUCCUCCUCCCCCCUCUUCCUCCUCCCCCCCUCUUCCUCCUCCUCUCCCAGCACUUUGUGUGUAGUGUAUGUGAGCGAUCUUUCCAGGGCCAUCCCUACUAUGAAUGUAAGGGCUAUGCCUACUGCGAGUGGCACUUUGACAUGGUGAGAAGGGGGUUACAUCCCAAAUGGCUGUAGUCCCUAUGUAGUGCACUACCUUUGACCAGAGCCCAUAGUGUUCUGGUCAGAAUUAGUGCACUAUGUAGGGAAUAGGGUGCCAUUUGGGACACAUGUAAGGAGAACGGAGGGCAUUGUGUUCUCCUCCCACACAUAGAAACUACAGGAAAGUUACAUUGCAUAGCUAGCUACACAGCGACACUUCAGCCACGUACACCCGUCAUAUGUCAAGAGACAAGAGGCAUACCAUUACCACGUUCAUAGAUAGCUUCUUCUUACCCAGAAAUACAUGGGUGUGGGUGCCCAAACACAUGCACAAUAUUGCAAUCUCUCACAACUUUACAGUGCUGAUUUUAAAUACAGUACAAGUAGUCUACAGCGCCUGGCCUGCCUGCUGUUGACAUUCUCUCCACUAGAUGUCACUGUUUCUCUGCCUGUCCUGAAUGGCUGCUGUGUGUGACAUGCAUCUUUCUGACCAAGCCCCAUUGAGGUACCUGGGCCGGCUGGAUUCAUAAAGCUCUGAGUAGGAGUGCUGAUCUAGGAUCAGUUUAGCCUUUAAAGGUCCCGGACAGUCAUUCUGAUUCCCAUGUAAAAUAGCCUUUUGAGUGACACAAAUAUCACCCAUAAUAUUCGUUUUGCAUAGAAAUGCUCAAAAUGUGAGAAAUUACUUUUUCUCUAAUGGCUAACUACCAGGAAGUUUGAAAAGACAGGCUGAGUGGGCGGGGAGCUUAUAUUCAUGAGCUCACCUUGACUGACCGCUCCUUGAAACCCCUAUGUCAAGCAACUUGGAUGCAGUGAUACACAAAGCAGCUCAAACAUUUAAAUUGCAUCAAGUUUGGCAUGUGUCUUGUGAUGCGGUUCACAGCAGCACUGACGGAUGUGUUGGCAUGACAGCUGCGUCAGAGUUUUGAACGACCCUUCCCCCAGUCUUUUUGUUCCAUGCUGGCUGAAGACCUAGCUUGCCAGUAACUAGAUAACACCAGACACAGAUGAAGACCUAGCUAACCAGGAACUAGCAAACACCAGACACAGAUGAAGACCUAGCUAACCAGGAACUAGCAAACACCAGACACAGAUGAAGACCUAGCUAACCAGGAACUAGCUAACACCAGACAGAUGAAGACCUAGCUAGCCAGUAACUAGCUAACACCAGACACAGAUCAGUGGGGAAACCUAGAGGUGUCUUUGCCAUAGAUGAAUAGGGUAAACGUUUAAUUAUAUUUGCUGACACCCUACAGUCAAAUGUUGGCACCAGUAGAGUAGCUAUCUAGCGAUAUAAACCAUGCCCCUCCGCAAACACGCCUUCUCUGAUGUUGGUUACAAGUCGGUACUUAUUUAAAUUAGGUAAGAGAAUGUCAUGUUACUAUUGGUGUAUUAAAAUGAGUUUGGGUGAUGUCACCCUAUCCCCUUAAUAAUGAAUCCAAGUGUUUGAAAUGGAGGAGGGGACCAGUAACUUUAUGAUCAGACUUUAUCAAUGUAGAAGAAACAGUCAUUUUUCAUACUUUGGUCAUCAUACUUUGAUCUGGUUUCAUCCAAAUAUCAUCUAAUUUCAUGAAAAACAUGAUUUUGACUGUUCAUGACCUUUUAAGAUCAUAAUGAAUAACAUUCCAUGGACAGGUGGAUCACCUGAUCCUAGAUCAGCACUCCUACUCUGAUACCCUUUGUGAAUACGUGCCCUGAUGGCAGUUGACUAGAGUUAGCCAAGUUAGCUAACUUAACUGCUGUUUGCCAGUGAGUAGAGUUAGCUAUUAGCCAUGCUAACUUGGGGUGCUACUUCCCAGUGACUACAGUUAGCCAUUAUUCAUGCUAACAUGUGAUGUUGCCUGUGUUUGCAGCAUUUUGUGUGUGCUAAGUGUGAGAAGCCGUUCCUUGGACACCGCCACUAUGAGAGGAAGGGUCUGGCCUACUGUGAGACCCACUACAACCAGGUAAUAAAGCUAUGAUCUGACAUUGAGACCAACUACAACCAGGUAAUAAAACUAUGAUCUGACUGUGAGACCCACUACAACCAGGUAAUAAAACUAUGAUCUGACUGUGAGACCCACUACAACCAGGUAAUAAAACUAUGAUCUGACUGUGAGACCAGGUAAUACAACUAUGAUCUGACUGUGAGACCCACUACAACCAGGUAAUAAAACUAUGAUCUGACUGUGAGACCCACUACAACCAGGUAAUACAACUAUGAUCUGACUGUGAGACCCACUACAACCAGUUAAUAAAACUAUGAUCUGACUGUGAGACCCACUACAACCAGGUAAUAAAACUAUGAUCUGACUGUGAGACCAGGUAAUACAACUAUGAUCUGACUGUGAGCCACUACAACCAGGUAAUAAAACUAUGAUCUGACUGAGAGACCCACUACAACCAGGUAAUAAAGCUAUGAUCUGACUGCGAGACCCACUACAACCAGGUAAUAAAACUAUGAUCUGACUGUGAGACCCACUACAACCAGGUAAUAAAACUAUGAUCUGACUGUGAGACCAGGUAAUAAAACUAUGAUCUGACUGUGAGACCCACUACAACCAGGUAAUAAAACUAUGAUCUGACUGUGAGACCAGGUAAUACAACUAUGAUCUGACUGUGAGACCCACUACAACCAGGUAAUAAAACUAUGAUCUGACUGUGAGACCCACUACAACCAGGUAAUACAACUAUGAUCUGACUGUGAGACCCACUACAACCAGUUAAUAAAACUAUGAUCUGACUGUGAGACCCACUACAACCAGGUAAUAAAACUAUGAUCUGACUGUGAGACCAGGUAAUACAACUAUGAUCUGACUGUGAGCCACUACAACCAGGUAAUAAAACUAUGAUCUGACUGAGAGACCCACUACAACCAGGUAAUAAAGCUAUGAUCUGACUGCGAGACCCACUACAACCAGGUAAUAAAACUAUGAUCUGACUGUGAGACCCACUACAACCAGGUAAUAAAACUAUGAUCUGACUGUGAGACCCACUACAACCAGGUAAUAAAACUAUGAUCUGACUGUGAGACCCACUACAACCAGGUAAUAAAACUAUGAUCUGACUGUGAGACCCACUACAACCAGGUAAUAAAACUAUGAUCUGACUGUGAGACCCACUACAACCAGGUAAUAAAACUAUGAUCUGACUGUGAGACCCACUACAACCAGGUAAUAAAACUAUGAUCUGACUGUGAGACCCACUACAAUAAGGUAAACCUAUGUGCUGUGUCCCAAAUGGCACACUAUUCCCUAUGUAGUGCACUACUUUUGACCAGGACCCGUAGGGCUUGUGUCCACAACCUUUCAUGCGAUAGGGUUGCUGAGUUCUAGAGUUAUUGCAUGUUGUUCUGGCUGGAAUUGACUGAAAUUUAACGUUUGAUAACGGUUAAAUCAAGUGCUGUUUGGUGAAUGAAAAGCUAAUCUCUGCCGCUGUCUCAACCCUCUAGCUCUUUGGUGAUGUAUGCUACCACUGCAACAGAGUGAUUGAAGGAGACGGUAAGCAUAAACUAUUGGAAUUGAUGAAUUGUUUUAGAAUGAUCUAAAGCCAUAAUGGAGUUCCUCUUCCUCUCGUAGUGGUGUCAGCCCUGAACAAAGCAUGGUGUGUCAACUGUUUCUCCUGUGCCACCUGCAACACCAAGCUCACCCUCAAGUAUGUUAUUAUUACAUUAUUAUUAUAUAGGAGUAGUAUUAUACUGGGCUCUUCCCUGUCUGUCGUUGUCCUGCUGUCCUCUCAAUCUGGCUGCGUCCCAAAUGACACCCUAUUCCCUAUAAAGUGUAGUAGGGUGCCAUAGGGAUACAGUCUGUGUUCUCUAACCUUCCUCCUAUUGGACACAAUCUGUGUGUUCUCUAACCUUCCUCCUAUUGGACACAAUCUGUGUGUUCUCUAACCUUCCUCCUAUUGGACACAAUCUGUGUGUUCUCUAACCUUCUUCCUAUUGGACACAAUCUGUGUGUUCUCUAACCUUCCUCCUAUUGGACACAAUCUGUGUGUUCUCUAACCUUCCUCCUAUUGGACACAAUCUGUGUGUUCUCUAACCUUCCUCCUAUUGGACACAAUCUGUGUGUUCUCUAACCUUCCUCCUAUUGGACACAAUCUGUGUGUUCUCUAACCUUCCUUCUAUUGGACACAAUCUGUGUGUUCUCUAACCUUCCUCCCAUUGUACACAAUCUGUGUUUUUCCUCUUAUUUCACUAGUUUCCUGACUUAACUUCUCCACCCUGUGCUUUUUCCCUCCUCUUUUUCUUCUCUCCCCUCCCCUUCUCCUCUCCUCUCCUCGCUCCUCCUCUCCUCCUCUCCUUUCUCCUCUCCUUUCUCCGCUCCUCCUCUCCCCCUCUCCUUUCUCCUCUCCUCUCUCCGCACCUCCUCUCCCCCUCUCCUCUCUCCACUCCUCCUCUCCCCCUCUCCUCUCUCCACUCCCCCUCUCCUCUCUCCACUCCCCCUCUCCCCCUCUCCUCUCUCCACUCCUCCUCUCCUCUCUCCACUCCUCCUCUCCUUUCUCCUCUCCUCCUCUCCCCCUCUCCCUGUGGUGUAACAGAGACAAGUUUGUAGAGGUAGAUCUGAAGCCUGUUUGUAAGCACUGUUACGAGCGGAUGCCUGAGGAGCUGAAACGCAGACUGGCCCGGCGCGAGAGGGACGCCUCAAAAGACCGCAAAAAGAAACCUGUUAUCUGUCUGUAGACCUUUCCAGUCCUCUUCCUCAGCUUCACUAUCCUCCUCUCUCUCAUUUCCCUCCAUUGGUUAGUAAUUCCACUUCCUGUCAGCUUCACUAUCCUCCUCUCUCGUUUCCCUCCAUUGGUUAGUAAUUCCACUUCCUGUCAGCUUCACUAUCCUCCUCUCUCGUUUCCCUCCAUUGGUUAGUAAUUCCACUUCCUGUCAGCUUCACUAUCCUCCUCUCUCUCUAGCCUCCAUUGGUUAGUAAUUCCACUUCCUGUCAGCUUCACUAUCCUCCUCUCUCUCGUUUCCCUCCAUUGGUUAGUAAUUCCACUUCCUGUCACCUUCACUAUCCUCCUCUCUCUCGUUUCCCUCCAUUGGGUAGUAAUUCCACUUCCUGUCACCUUCACUAUCCUCCUCUCUCGUUUCCCUCCAUUGGGUAGUAAUUCCACUUCCUGUCAGCUUCACUAUCCUCCUCUCUCUCUAGCCUCCAUUGGUUAGUAAUUCCACUUCCUGUCAGCUUCACUAUCCUCCUCUCUCUCGUUUCCCUCCAUUGGUUAGUAAUUCCACUUCCUGUCACCUUCACUAUCCUCCUCUCUCUCGUUUCCCUCCAUUGGGUAGUAAUUCCACUUCCUGUCACCUUCACUAUCCUCCUCUCUCGUUUCCCUCCAUUGGGUAGUAAUUCCACUUCCUGUAAGCUUCACUAUCCUCCUCUCUCUCGUUUCCCUCCAUUGGUUAGUAAUUCCACUUCCUGUCACCUUCACUAUCCUCCUCUCUCUCGUUUCCCUCCAUUGGGUAGUAAUUCCACUUCCUGUCACCUUCACUAUCCUCCUCUCUCGUUUCCCUCCAUUGGGUAGUAAUUCCACUUCCUGUAAGCUUCACUAUCCUCCUCUCUCUCGUUUCCCUCCAUUGGUUAGUAAUUCCACUUCCUGUCAUUUUCACUAUCCUCCUCUCUCUCAUGUCCCUCCAUUGGUUAGUAAUUCCACUUCCUGUUCACUUUUCAUUUAGCUUUUCCUAUUGUCUUUGUUGUGUUUUUCCCCUCCAGUUUGCUUGAUGUGUUCUGUUCUGUCAUUGUUCUUCUGUUAUGUGAUUGUAUGCAUCCCAAAUGGCACCCUAUUGGUCCUGGUCAAAAGUAGUGCACUAUAAAGGGAAUAGGGUGCCAUUUGGGAAGCAGACAUUUUUAUCAAAGCAGUAAGAGUGUAAUGUGUCAUCUUGCAUAUGAUAUGGAGGUAAUUUGCCUUAAAAAUCAAAUAUUUAGUGUUGGUGCCACUUCAAUCCAACUGCCUGCGUUUCUAUCCUUCAUGCUAGUUGUGUGAUCAUAGUGUAACGUGCUGCUGUUCAUGACAGUAAUAAUGAAUGAUAAUAGAUUUAUUUGUAAAGCACAGUUCAUACACACAAUGCAAUUCAAAAUGGCACUUAAAACAAAAUACUGACUGUGUCUCUCCUGUCCUCUGUUGACAGGAACAAGUUUGUGGAGUUUGACAUGAAGCCUGUGUGUAAGAAAUGUUACGAGAAGUUUCCUCUGGAGCUGAAGAAGAGACUGAAGAAACUGGCUGAGACCGUCGGACGCAAGUAGACCUCCGAGUACCAAGGGGGCGACACUCAACCCAACAACCAGGGUUACAAAAUUCCAGUAACUUUCCCCAAAUUUCCUGGCUUUCCGGAUGUUCCAUUUGGGCUUCUAGAAACCUGAGAUUUUAGGAAAGUUACCGGAGGUUUCUAACCAUACGAGCAACGCUGAAACCUAAUAUUAACCCUAACAAGCGCCAAAAUUAGUCAAAUUAAUCGUAUAAAUGUGUCAGAUUAGACUCCUGUCUGUUUGUACCAGUAUUUUAGUAUUUGACAUCCUCAGGUACUCAGUAUAACGUGUUGAAAUAUUUUGUCUCACUUUUUAAUUGUUUAUUUUUGUGCAUUGCAAGUGGCUUUUGCAUGUGGAGCUGUUUUCUAGCUGUCCAGAGUCUUAUUCAAAUAAUAUAGAACCUCAUACUGCCUGACAAUGACCUAUGAAAGCAUGGACAAAAAAAAAAUGCGUUCAGAAUAUUUAGAUACUUUUAUGUGUGUUUUUUUUGUUUUGUGUAUUAUGUCUUAACUAUGGCAUACUUUUCAAAAGCCAAACAUGUCUGAAAUGGUCCUAUCAGGACCCAGAGAUACAUACCUCAAUGAGAACUCACUGG